CAACCGAUCUGCGGGGAAGGGGAUCUGGGGAUCGAAGGAUUUGGGGAUUAUUUCUAGGGUUCGUAGCAUAGGCGAAAGGCGAUGCUGAAUUGGGGAAGAAAGGCUGCGCUCCAUGCUAGGGUUCCGGCGGGCAAGCUGCUGGAUUGGAGCGCCGCUUUCUCGUCAGGCCCCAAACUGUUCGUCGGAGGCCUGUCCUAUGACACCAAUGAAGUUGCUCUCAAGGAUGCGUUCUCUCAGCAUGGCGAUGUUAUCCAAGUCAAAGUGAUAUGCCAUCCUGUGACCGGGCAAUCAAAAGGAUACGGUUUCGUCAAGUUCUCCUCGGAAAAAGAAGCUGCUGCGGCAUUGGAGAAGAUGAGCGAUGAGGUGCUUGAUGGGAAGAACAUACGGGUGCAUUUUGCAAACAGUGGAUGACCUGCUACUGCUGCUAUAGAUGAGCAAGGAUGUGCAGAGUGAGCCCCUAGCUUUGAGGAUAUGACAACCGACGAUAUGUAUCGGGAAUGGAAAGCACAGUUCAAAAUGGAAAGGCAUUUCGUGUGAAGCUUCUGAGGGAAGCGCACAUCUGAACCUUCAUUCGAGGUUGCCUGCUCACUCUGGAAUUUAUGCUUUUCCUACUGCUAGCUGUCUCAUGUAAAUGCAUCAGAAAGAAAUGCCGUGCUGCUAGCUAGCCAUGUUCAAAUCGAGAUUGUUUCAAGGCUAACCUUGCACCACCUACAUAUAUGUGCUGAUUUAGUACAACUUUGUCCUAAAUCAGCGACAAUUAAUAUGGAUCGGAGGGAGUAUCCUUUUUCUUCAUCCUUGGCUCUCUCUCACAGUCGCGGAGGAUAUUGGCUGCUUGGUGAAACCGUCUUUACAAAAUGGCCAUGCGAUAAGUAGCUUUGAUUUUACCCUCAGUAGUUGUGUUAGAGUACGUAAUUGCCCUAAUGGGCCCGUUAGUCUUAGGAUUAAUUAGAGAUAAGAGUCGCUUGCUUAGGGGUCAAGUAAGCCUUGCUUGGGAGUCAAGUAAACCUCUCUAUAUAAAGAGAGGAGAUGUAUCAAUCUAAUC